AUGGGGGAUUGGAACUUAUUAGGGAGUAUUUUAGAAGAGGUCCACAUUCAUUCCACCAUAGUGGGAAAGAUCUGGCUCACCAUCCUCUUCAUUUUCCGCAUGCUUGUGCUCGGCGUUGCGGCUGAGGACGUCUGGGACGAUGAGCAGAGCGAAUUUGUCUGCAACACAGAGCAACCCGGCUGCAAGAAUGUCUGCUAUGACCAGGCUUUUCCCAUCUCCCUCAUUCGCUACUGGGUGCUGCAGAUCAUCUUUGUAUCCUCUCCAUCUCUGGUCUACAUGGGGCACGCGUUGUACCGGUUGAGGACCCUUGAGAAGGAGAGGCACAGGAAGAAAGCCUGUCUGAAAGCUGAGCUGGAGGGGACAGACCCCGUCCAGGAGGACCAUAAGAGAAUUGAGCGAGAGCUCAGGAAACUAGACGAACAGAAGAGAGUAAGGAAAGCUCCCCUUCGAGGCUCAUUGCUGCGCACAUAUGUUUUCCAUAUCUUAACCAGAUCUGUGGUGGAGGUGGGUUUUAUUAUAGGUCAGUGUGCCCUGUACGGCAUCGGACUGUCUCCUCUGUACAAAUGUGAGAGGUUGCCUUGCCCCAACAGUGUUGACUGUUUUGUGUCACGGCCAACAGAGAAAAACAUUUUCAUGGUUUUCAUGCUGGUGAUCGCUGGCGUUUCUUUGUUCCUCAACCUCCUGGAGAUUUUCCAUCUAGGGGUGAAGAAGAUCAAAGAAAGCUUGUAUGGAUACAAAUAUGGAGAUGAUGACAGUGUGUGCAGGUCAAAGAAAAACUCCAUGGUGCAGCAGGUUUGUGUGCUCACAAACUCCUCACCGCAGAGGUUGAUGCAGCUCACACAGAUGGCUCAUAGGGAAUCUCUGCCUUUGAAUUUGGCCCCAGCAGUCCCUCAGAAUAAAGAGGGGUCCAACAGCUCCACCCAGCAGCCCAUACAAACAUACCUGCAGAGUCAAGCUGACAUGCAGCAGCUGGGGGUUGUCAUGGAGCAGCGCUACACUCUGGAAAACAGAAAGCCCUCCUGCAGCAGUGAUGAGUCAAAUGAACCUCAUGUUUCAGGCCAGCCCCAGUACGCAGGACCUCGGCCCACACUCAUGGCCGGCCACAUGGAGAUCCCUGCUGCCCUGAAGAACCCGCAGAGGAAGCAGAGCAGAGUGAGUGUCUGUAAGGAGCUCAGUGACAUGAGCGAUUCUCCGGAGAGCGACCACUACCCCUCAGCCAGGAAGUGCAGUUUUAUGUCCCGAGGACUAUCAGAGGGCAAGCUGGCGGAUCCGUCUGACAGCACAGAUUCUCAGAGUGGAGCAGAUGUCGAGGCCCAGCACCUCAACCAGAUAGAGAGUCCAGUAGUGACCCCGCCACCUCCAGCCAGCGGGAGAAGGAUGUCCAUGAGCAUGAUUCUGGAGCUGUCUUCAAUCAUGAAAAAGUAA